AUGACAGACGAUUCCGUAGACCCCUCAAACAACCGAUGCCGCAAGCCCGGAGACGACGGUGAAGCAUGCACAGUACAGGCCACCGUAUGUGGAGACGGUGUCAAGACCGACAACGAAGAGUGUGAAACCAACCCCGACGGAUCAGGCGAUAUCAGAACCAGAAACGAUGAUGACUAUAGCAUUGGACCCAAUGACAGCGACGACGACAACUACUGUGACGCCAACUGUGAAUUGCAGCCCAUCCGAAACUGCAGAGCCAUCUCGACGUCGCGUUGUGUGUGCAGCAGCGGAACGUUCACGCGCACAUACACACGCACGCGCGAGAAGACACCCCGAGGAGCCGACUGCGACGACAGCAAUGGAAAUGCCAUCACCUUUGACUCCGAUGACAUGGCCACGAUCACAGAUGAUGGUAUCUGCGUAUGCGAAUGCGGCAACGGCGUUGUGGAUACUGGCAACGGUGAAGAGUGUGACGAGGGUCAAGACGCGGUACUCAGCUCAACCGAAGUGUGCCGACACUGUGAGAUCGUCGAACAAGAGUGUGGCGAUGGUACUGUAGACACCAUCCGCAACGAACAAUGCGACCCGCCAUUCAGCGAGGGAGGCCAGAUCAGCUCAGUCAACGGCAAUGUCCAGUACUGCCGUGACAACUGCAGAACCGCCGCAGCAGGUGAGUGCGAGUUCACCAUCGCCCAGGGCAAAUGCCAAUGCACUAUAGACAGUCCCAUCCAAGGCACCAGACAGGUGCGCACUGUCAUCGAUCAGCAGGAAGAGCCGCAGGGUUACAUGGGAGGGUGUCCGGAGGAGGAAACCGUGACGGAGGACUGUGAGUGUGAGUCGUGUGUGGGUCAAUGGCAGGACUAUAACUUUGCUGAUGGCCGUCCCCGGUGUCAGUUCGACGGCACAGACUGCUUGCAGAAGGAACGCUUCGUCAGAGUUAGCGGAGACGGCAGUAUCUGCGAGAAUCAGGACACCUCGGGAGAGUUCUUCAGAAUCAAUUCACACAGAGACAUCGCAGGCCCCAAUGGCUGCACGGCUAACGGCGCAUGUGUUGCUUGCGAAGAGAAUUACAAGAAGAAGCAGUGUAACGUACUUUGUGGCACCGGUUCUGAGGUCGGCUUCUAUACCAUCACCACCCAACCCGGAUACGCCUCCACUGCUGGCAGACAGGGUUCCGAACUUCAGUGCGAGUGCAGAGAAGAAGGUGACGCAUGCACGAGCGACACGUGGGUAGAACUGCCCGACAGCGAGUGCGGAGUCGACGGCUCCAACAGCAACAACCCCUGCACGUGCGAAGGUAAUGAGCAGAAGGCCCGAUUCGUGCGUGAGUGCACCUACGAGGUAGACUUCCCUACAGCCCUGGGACUGCCAUUUGUGGAUUUGGAUAUCGCCAAAUUCUAUCGCCCACCUAAUCAAAAUACUUUCGAAGACGGGUUCCCCGUUGACCAAAGCUCUCUGCAAUACAAUCUCAAAGCCAUCGAGACAACCGCCAAGUUCGACCUUGAGGGCCGAAUCAGGGUUGUGAAUGAGGAGGUUAGUGGUGUCAGAUACACAGCAACAUUCCGUGACCCGGAAAUCACAGUCGCGGUGAAGUCGGGCGGAGCGCAGUUGGUGGCAUCGAAAUACGGUGACCAGUCGGAAUACUCUGUGAUUCAGGCCGGCGCAACCAAGAACUUCAUCUUUGACUACCCAACGCAGACACACACCUCCAGUGUCACGCAAGGGCUAAACCAGAUCACAACCAACAGUGAGAGUGACGAACGACUGCGAUUCACUGUGGAUGGCGAUGCAAUCGGUACGGUGACCGGUGGCGGCAACCAGAUAAACGAGAUAUCAGGCUCUUACGGCGUGAAGCUCGUUGCCAAGUUCGAAUACGAAGGGUGUGAUCUUGGUGAUGCGUACGAAGCUAGUCAGUACUCCGAGUGUGAUGCCGAUACAAAGAGUUCAUAGUUCCAACGAUACACUAUGAGACUUGAUGGUCCCUAUAUCGUGUUUGCAAAAAUUUCAAGCGUUCCUACCCUGCAUUAUUUUGUAUCCUGCAUUCCUACUACAAAUUUAUGUCGCACACCAUCUUUCGCGGGUCGAGAAUAUUCCUACAAAACAUAAUAGAAACUAGGCACUAACAUAGACUACUAGAACAAGAAAACCUGCACCCAAUGUUAAUAAACUUGUAUCGUACUCAUGUACGUUAAGACUAUACUCAAUGGCCG